CAAGUUUUGUUGGCUUUCAGAAUACGUGACAUCCUGGUUUGCUUUCAUGAUCUUGGCCUCAAGCAUCCUCCUCAUCCUCAUGCUUGUUCUCUACUUGUGCGUCGUGGGAUGUCGGGGUCGGCACUCGCAGUGGCCCAUCCGGAGACCCACACACGCGGCAGCGUCGGCCACCACCCUCGUGGUGUCCGGUCAGGCGAGCUUCUGCGCUGGCGACCCUACGGCCAGCACUUCCUUCGUGCCCGCCCUGACGGCCGAGUCGGGUGGCGGCGCCGUCGACACGUUCCGACUCAGCACGGGAGUCACCGGCACCCCACUCACCGCGCAGCAUCAGGAAGGGCGCGAAUCCUGGCAGGGUUCCAUGAUGGAGAUCAGCACCCAAGCUGGCGCUGCCAGCAUGAGCGAACUUCGAGGCCUGGGCGGCUCGUCGAUUGAACCCUUCGUGCGACCCGUGCUCAGCAAUGAGAAGGUGUACACCAGGUAUCCACACCUUGCCAGAAUUUUCUUGCCCGCGUCCCAGCGAUCGGGGCCGGUCUCCGGCCCUAGCGAGCCCCCAGUCUCCGAGAAGGCCUCCAACGAGAAGACAAAGAAGGACGAGAGCUUCAUGUCCUCCACAAGUGAGCGCAGCAGCAAGCUCCGUCGAUCACGCAGAGCUUCGGGCUCGGUCAAGCACGCGGUCGUGUCUCCGAAGGAGGACGACCGCAAGGGGCCUCAGGCUGCCGAUGCUGCACCAUGUGAGGCCGGCUGUCCUCGCGAUGACAGUGGCAGCAGCAGGCAGCAGCCUUGUGACUUCAGCUUAUCGUGGAGUAGCGUGGGCAGUUCGUUGGACACACUCCUGUCCGUGCCUGUCGUUGCCAGGGUGCACGGCAGUUCCUCGAGCGGGACGGAGACCUCGCUGCAGGCGGAAAAGGAGCUGCACCUUCCCGUCGACAAAUUUCAGCCCUAAGCCGCUUCGAGGCUUAGCGGAACGAAGAGGGAUGAAAUACACUGGAUUUUUAGUGUGGUUUCUCAAGUACGACUUGGACUGCGAAUACUGUUUAGAGUCUGCUUCUGCGCCAUGUUUCAUGUUCUCUGUGUCAUACCCUUCGGGCUCCUAUGUGACCUCCGCAUAUACAGUCGCAGACAUGUUUAGAAAUUUCAACUCAUCGAAGGGCCUUGCAUCGCUUGGUGAGACAUGCCAUAC